ACGUUGACGGUGGCUGACCAAUCAGCGUUGAGGAUCAGGGAGGGGCUGGUUUGUUGACAGGAAGUGUUUGAGAACUGAAAGCAGGAGGAAAACUGUUACUUUUGCGCUUCGGUAAGUCGCAACGUCGAAGUAAAUUAUGACUUUUAAGGCCGACAGAAGGCAAAGAUGCAAUGGAGGUCAAUAGUCGUGGGUCUUCUUGUUUUGAGAGUGCUGCUGAAUUGCGCGGUGUGGCUAGUGUUUGGACUGGGACCCAGCUGGGGCUUUGACUUCCCCAUUAAAUUCACGUUCAACUUGCAUAAAAUUGAACUUCUCAAUGAUGGCGAGAGAGCUACCGUCAAAACUAACGCCUGGCCACAGCAUAUGUACGACCACAGAAACCCUCAAGCAAAGACCUGCUCCAAGAUUAAUGGGAAUUCACCAAAGAAAUCCUACCUCAGCUUCUUUCAGGAGGGCAGAGAUGAAUAUGACCGAAAGUACAGCUCCUUCCCUGACGCGCUGAAAGUGAAGAUGAGGGGAAUGGCGCGAGACAUGUUUUAUUUCGGAUAUGAUAACUACAUGAAGUUUGCCUUUCCAGAGGAUGAACUGAACCCUAUAGCUUGUGAAGGUCGAGGGCCUGACGUGCUCAAUCCGUCAAAUAUCAACAUCAAUGAUGUCCUUGGAAACUACUCUUUAACACUCAUCGAUGCUCUUGAUACGCUGUUGGUGCUUGGAAAUGUGACAGAGUUCCAUCGAGCUGUUAAGCUGGUGAUUGAGACAGUCUCUUUUGAUAAGGACUCCACUGUUCAAGUCUUUGAGGCCAACAUUAGAAUCCUUGGCAGUUUGAUCUCGGCCCAUAUUCUGCUGACUGACCCACGACAUCCAUUUGGGGACAUAGGGCUGAAGGACUAUGACAAUGAGCUGCUGCACCUGGCACAUGACCUAGCUGUUCGACUGCUACCUGCCUUUGAGAACACUAGCACAGGCAUCCCCUAUCCCAGGGUGAAUUUAAAGAAAGGUGUCCCUCCUGACAGCAUUAAUGAGACGUGUACGGCAGGGGCGGGCUCUCUGCUUGUGGAGUUUGGCAUUCUUAGCCGUCUGAUUGGCGACUCUACAUUUGAGUGGGUCGCCCGGCGGGCUGUUAAAGCUCUGUGGAACUUAAGAAGCAAUGAAACUGGGCUGUUGGGGAAUGUGGUGAACAUUCAGACUGGUCAGUGGGUGGGGAAGCAGAGCGGUCUUGGUGCUGGCAUGGACUCAUUCUAUGAGUACCUCCUCAAGUCUUACAUCUUAUUUGGAGAGAAAGAAGAUUACAGGAUGUUCUCUGCAGCUUACGAGAGCAUUCAGAGUCACCUGAGAAGAGGAAGAGAGGCUUGUAAUGAAGGAGAGGGCGACCCACCUCUCUAUGUGAAUGUGAACAUGUUUAAUGGACAGAUCAUGAACACAUGGAUUGACUCUCUGCAGGCAUUCUUCCCUGGGCUACAGGUUUUGAAUGGAGAUAUUGAAAACGCCAUUUGCCUUCAUGCCUUCUACUAUGCAAUCUGGAAGCGUUUCGGGGCUCUUCCUGAGAGAUACAACUGGCAGCUUCAGGCCCCAGAUGUCCUCUUCUACCCUUUAAGACCUGAACUAGUGGAAUCCACAUACCUGCUCUAUCAGGCAACCAAGAAUCCUUUUUAUCUUCAUGUUGGGAUGGACAUUCUUGAAAGCCUCGAAAAAAAUACUAAAGUCAGGUGUGGUUAUGCCACUCUCCAUCAUGUGGUGGAUAAGUCCAAAGAAGAUCGCAUGGAGAGUUUCUUCCUCAGCGAAACCUGCAAAUACCUUUUUUUGCUCUUUGAUGAAGACAACCCGCUGCACAAGUCUGAGAAUAAGUACAUCUUCACUACAGAAGGCCAUGUAGUGCCGAUAGAUCAACGCUUCAGAGAGAAAAGUUGGGAAGAGCAAUUCCCAUGUGAAGAGCCCAACAAAGAGCCCCCAGCCAACAUAAGCAACUGUGAAAGGAUUCCUGAAGAGAGACGUUAUGGCCUUCCUCUAAAGAGCAUAUACAUGAGGCAAAUAGACCACAUGGUGGGGCUGUCCUGACAUCAGUACUGCCCCCUGGAGGUCUCAACACUUACAAACCCCCUGGAGGGGUUCAAAAACUCUCCGAUCAGAGAACUUUACAGUCUCUUUUUGCACAUGGAGUGGCAAGGUAUUUGGUCAACAAAUCAACCAGUAUGUUUUGUUGUGGUGUUGAAUUAUUAUGAUUUUUUUUUUUUUUUUUUUGUGUACACGGAAGUGUCAUUCUUAAGCUGGACUGGGUUCGGUUACAUUCAGAUCCAGCCAGCAGAGUCCACAGCAUAAAAAAAGUACAUUCAGGGAAGUUUGACUCUUCAGAAUCGUAAAAUACAUUGCAAAACUGUUUUUUAUUCAUGGGGAAAGAUCGGCUUCUGCGUUGUGCAUCGAGUGUUUACACUCAGUGUGUUACACGUUUUCUUCAGUGCCAUGUUUAAUGAAACUUGACCUAGUAUUAUAAAGGGCUCUAAUGGUUUGAGAGAUGGUAUGAAUGUUUCAGAUUUUCUUCUCAAGGAACAAGCUCUCAAAUAAGCUUUAUACUAGAAAAACAGUUGUUCAUCCAGUAUACGCCUUUCAGGAACAUGCACAACAGAUGGGCUUCAUUUAUUACAAAUCAAACUGCAUUCUAAUGACUUUUUUCACUUUGCAAUAUGACACAUUCUUCAUAUAUUCAUUGUUCAUUUUGCACCUUGGUUUAGCAAGGUGUAGAACACUGUGGCCUAUUUUUUUUUUAGUGCAUUGCAUGAUUUCAUAUUUCCAGCUGUACCCAUUCUGUUGUUGCUGUCAGUGUAUUGUGAUCAAAUUAGAAAGGUCACGUAGCAUACAUGUUUGGUAAGUUUAAAAUCUCCACUCAUUCAUGUACUUUGACAGAGCAAACCUCAUAUAAUUUGGUACAUUUCGCACAGCAGAUCGAGGAAGUGCCCUAGAUUCUCUCUCAAUUAGGUCUGGACAACUAGUGAUUACUCUCCACUCCUCUAUUUUGUGUGUAAACAAACAAGCAAACAAUGUAACAAAAAUCUUGGACCAAAUAUUACAUUAUUUAACAAAAAAAAAAAAAAAAUGUGCCUUUAACAAAUUUCAUUUUCAUUUUUCUUCAGUCCUCAGGAUCAGUAGUUUGCCAUAAUGCAGUCACUCAGAGGUGAUAUGCAUGUAAUGUGUCAGUAACAUUAACUUUUUCUCUUUUAAUGCUUAAAUGUUGGUGCAUAUGUUUUCUGAACAAAAGUCGAAAAUAAGGGAUUCUGAGUGUGAUCAGCAUUCUUAUGAGAGAAUUCAUUUCGUUUGUAUUACAAAUUAUAAUUUCCUUGGGGAACAUAUGGAGGAUACUCUCAGUAAUUAGGGGUUGAUAUUUAUUCAGAUUUGAUUUUAUCAAAUACAAGUAUUCUAAUUAAAGUUGAUUAGAUUAAUGUUGAUCUGCUUGUUGAUUUUAUUGUAAUUUAACCUUUAGUCCAAAGAGACGAAGGUGGAUGUCUACACUGUGCAUUUUAUCAAAUCAAAAUUAAAAACAUGACUUGACGAAACUGUU